AUGGCCCCUUCACGACAAGUAGUCAGCGUCGAGUAUAUCGACCGAAUUGCGAUUGUCACGCUUGACAACCCCGACAAGCUCAAUGCCUUGAACCAAGACGAUUAUUACAGGCUGGCGACGGUGCUCCGCGAGAUUGCCGGACACGAAGAGGUAGUGAUCACCAUCCUGAUCGGCAAAGGCCGGUUCUUCUCUGCCGGCGCGGACGUAACCCGACCCCCUCCGGACCUUCACGGCAUGGAUCCUCGCCAGUACUGGAUGCGCGCAUUGGUCCUCAACAACAUCGACCUGGCAGAGGCAUUCUAUUCGCACCCGAAGAUCCUAGUGACCGCGCUGAACGGGCCCGUCAUCGGCCUCUCUGCGGCGAUGAUUGCGCAUUCGGACUUCAUCAUCGCGAGUCUUAGUGCCUAUCUGCUCACCCCAUUCGCAUAG